AUGGAGUUGGAGCGGAUUCCAGCAGCGUCCGCCAUGGACUGGAGCAUCGACCUCGACAGGGGCCUCCGCUCCCGCCAACCAGCAACGCGCGUCCGCGCCGUCGACGCCGCCGGCCCACGCCUCCGCCAGCUCUGCACUUGCGGCACCGCCCCCGCGCCCGUCGCCUCCGCGUACGGCGUCCUGCCCGGGGAGGCGCGCGUCUUCGCGGAGACCAUGCUCCUCCGGCUCGCCACCGAAUUCAGGACCGCCGACGGCGCCAUGCGAGCCCGCAUCAUCAAGACCCUCCUCAACACUGCCACGGGGCCAGGGGCGCUAGCCGGGGCGCGCGUCUCGGAGCCCGACCAGCUACUCAGGAGGGUCAAGGUGGUCUACGACACUGGGAACAAACGGGACAGGGCGCUUGCACUGCGCGUCUUCGGGUGCUUCGCCGACAUCGCCAAGGACAGCGUGCACGUCCGCUCUCUCAUACUUUCCAGCUUGGGUGCCUCCAGUGCUUUGGAGGUCAAGGCUGCAAUUUUUGCGGCUGGCUGCAUUUGUCAUCUGUCAGAGGACUUCUCAAGGAUCAUUCUUGAGGUGUUCAGAAGAUUGAUAUGUUCUCGGACAUCAGAGCCACAAGUUAUCACGGCAGCAAUUAACGCUUUCUGGAAACUUGAUUCUACUUUGGCUGUUAUCCAUAGAGUUCAUGAGGUUGGAAAACAGAUGGUUCUAGGCACACUGGAAGAUGUCUUCAAAUCUGAAAUGCUCUUUUCGCUCUCAAGGCUGUCAUCCAAGUCGAUCAUUUUGUUUUCUGACCAGGUGGAUUUACUGUUACUGUUUAUGGAUCAUGAUUCCUCUUCUGUGAAGUCUGUGGCGUUAAAAUGCAUGCGUUUUAUGUUUCGCAGAAAUACCUGCCAUUUUCCAGUUAUUAGGACUGUUUUUGGCAGAUUGUUGCCACUAAUUGAUGAUGAGGAUUUUCCACUUGACUGUAAGAGCGAUGUGUUGAGGAUUCUGCAGAAGAUGUUAUGCUGUAAAGCGUCAAGUAAUCAUCAUGCCAAUGGUUCUGAGUUAUCUAAGCUUCUUCUAGCUGCUGAAAGUUCUUUAGAUUCUUCUUUGGAGAUGCAAGGUACCGCUCUGGAAAUUCUUGUGGAAAUCUUUUGUAUUCUCAAGGAAGUGAGGUCAGAUAACAUAUCAGUUCUUAAGGAUUCGUCAUUUGCAUACGCUGAGUGGCAAGGAAUGAUGAACAACAUACCAUUAACCGAAGAUAAUAGUAUGAACGGACCUCUGUGUAAGAUCAUUGCAAUGAUUGUGAAUCAUAUUAUAUCUCUGGUCAAUGAAGUUGCUAGCAGAAAUAUCUGCAUAUCAUCUGCAGUGGAUAAGGCAUACAAAACUCCUUUCAGACUUAUGCUGAAGCUUGUUUCAUGCUACCCUUCUGCUGCUUCUGUAGCUCUUGAUAUACUGAAAAGCCUUGUAAAAGAACUGUUUCUAAUUAAUGGAAGUGAUUACUCUGAAGUUUCUGUUACUUCUGUUGAACCAUUCCAGACAAGUGUUGCCCUUAAAGAAUUGAGCACUUCAGAUGACAAUGUUCAACUGUUAGCUACAAGCAUUGAAGCUUCAUGCAUUGGAACAGAUAUUGGCAAUGGAAAACUGGAUUUUCUCAAAAUUGAUUGCAAGAAUAGAAAGUCCAUAAUGCAUGACCUAAUUCGUUGCACGCUCAAAUUUGCAAAUGCUUGUCAUGAGGUGCUCUGUGAAACAUCUGGUGCUAGAUACAAUCCUCAUGAUAGCAUCAAGGGUCUAAUCAAGUAUGUGCAUCAGGAUGCUCCUCAGCACUGGAGCACAUAUGAAUCCUUCCAUUUGAUAAUGUGUGCUUGUGUUACCCAGAAUACUUGUAAAAUCAGUGGUGGUAAUCAAGAAUCUGGUGAUUCAAAAGAGCAUCGUAAUACACUUUUCACUCCUUCUGUUUGGAUAACUCAGGAAUUAUGUGCACUUCGAAUGACCAAAAUGCUUAUAAAGAAGCAGAAAUACUGGGAAGCUUAUAGGUCUUCUAUGUACUGUUGUCGUAAAGGUCUCUGGUUCACAGCUUCUUUUGUCUUCAGAAAACUGGCAGAUGCUUUUGAAGCAGGCUCUUUCAGUUUUUGGCUCAAAUCGUUGCUACUUCUUGCUGCUGGCGAAAUUGAGAUGAAACUAUUGUUUUUUCCCUCAGCAAUUAUAAAGUUAGUUGGUGAGCUAAAAAUGGAGGGUGAUUUUAGUGAGGAUCUUUACUGUACUGAAACAGACGCUGAUAGCACCCUCAGUAGAUCAUCAGAGUUGCAUGGUUUCCGAGCAAAGAUAUCUGAUAUUUGUGGCAGAACAUUAUUAGCAAAUAAUGCUCUUGCAUCCAGCGCCUCUUCAGAUAAUGACUUCUUAUUCCAGAGGUGGUUCAUCAGCCUUAGAUCAUCAUUUCUUGAGGUCUUAACAAAUGUUCUUGAUAUCCUUAAUGCACACUCUUCUUAUGAAGCAAGAGGAGACCAUUUAACUUUGUCUGGAGAGUUUAUCAAAGACCAAGUACUUGCUUUGGAUCAUUGCUCUCUAAGAUUAAGUGACUUGGCAAAAAGUUAUGAUCUUCUUGCUGCAUCCCAUAUGGACCUGGAUCGACAUAGCUCGAGUAGUAUAGCCAGGCUUGCUUUGAUGUGCUCACUUUUGGCAUUUUGUACCGCGUAUUCUGUUUAUUUCUCAAAGGCAUGUAACUACGUAGAGUCCUGCAAGCUUCCAAAGAGGUUUUCCCAUGCUUCAAUCCUACAAGAUCUGCAUGGAAGAGUAGAUGGCUCUGACUGGCAGAUUGUUUCCCAGUUGCGACAGUUCAUGUCCACUUCUUUUGAUGAACUUGACAGCUUACAGUCCAGCACACGUAUCAGUGGUUCAUGUAAUCUGGAGAAGGGUUUGUAUUCUCUUUGCCAUUUUGCUGUGGCAUCUUUGCUUGGUGUAUGUGAUAGUGCUGAAGCUGAAAAAAUACAAAAUGGAGAGGAUUGUUUAUCUGCUUUGCAAGGAGGGUUGCAAGUGUUGUCCAGCAUCUUGCAGAAGUAUUUGGAAUUGCCUUUCGUGGUUCCCAAGUACUUUUUCAGAGUAAGGCCUUGCCUUGGUGCCGAACUUUACAUGUUUGAUUCAAAUCCUGUGAAUGAAAAAGGAAUGUCAAUAGAGCCUGGUUUCCUAUUGUCUCUAACCCUCUGCAUGAAGUGGAAGCGCGUGUUAGAAAGAAGCACCAUUCGCGCCGUGAAAUUGUACUGCAUUUUAGCCGCAAGCUUAGAGACCUGCCUGGAGGCAGCAGGAACGAGAAGCAAGCAGUUUGAUCAGCGCAGGACAGCUGAAAUGGUGGAACUGAACUCCAAGCUGCUGCAGUACAUAAAGAAUGAUCUGAGGAAGGCCAGGAAUGCGAAGAAGAAUUCCCAUUGUGGCAUGGACAUGGUGACUGCCUUUGCGUGCUUUGAACCAACAGAUAGUGGGCAGGGGUUCUCAAGCUGUCUGCUGGAUGUCUCCUUGUUCCCUGAAGGCUCAUAUCAGAUAAAGUGGCAGGCGUGCUGUGUCGACGAGAAUGGUGACCCGAAUGGAAGAUGGAACAUGCUCUUCUUGCUCGCAGUGUCUGUUCUUGAGUUCAUUUAUGUGUCACUAACAAACAUUUUUAGCAACAAAGCCAUCUAUUCUUGGGCUACUGAUGACAUCUCCAAGAAAAUGAUUGCUAUAUGUAUGCCUGCACAAAAUACAGAAGCUCUCCGAAGAUCUCUUAUGGAUGCAGCAGAACAGUGUGUUGCGGUGGAUUUUAUAAUGUUGGAAGCAGAAGCUACAUUCAUGUAUGGUGGUGCUUCUGAAAAUGCUAAUUCUUUUGUAAACAGAAUUUGUGAUCUUGAAAACUGUGUGGUACGGAGAUACAAUCCUGGAGUUCCUUAUCCUUACACUCAGGUUAACAUUCAACACUUCUUGCAUUUGUACAGCCUGUAG